AUGGCAACUCACAACAUCUUACUGUGCUUUGAUAAUCCCAUUAGUAGCAUUACCGGGCUGUGCACCUCGCCUGGCCCUACACACAGGGAUAGGCCUGAGCGAUGUUAUCAUGAGGGGCCGAAAAGAGAAAGCAGGCUUCUAGCCCACGGCACAAGACAGGGGGGAAUGCGUAACCUGCUCCGGCGAGGAAUGCGGAUGUUGUCCGUCUGUGCGACCUCGCCCACUAGAUUGGCUGGGGAUAUCAUUUCCUGGAUAGAAACAGCAGCAUGCAGCUGGAUCCAUGAUGCGGCUAGAGCUCGUGCCCACCCCGCCCAAGUAGAUGCGUCAGUUAAUGUGUUCUCCGGAAUCCGCGAGCCGAAAGGGAAAUUUAGUAGAAUGGUGCCUAACCAAACAUUAUCCUCGUCAGCUAGCCACUCGGAACACAACAACUACAGUACGAUCACUUGCUGGAUUAAGACAUUUCCGAGGGAGCGCCUGCUGAUUAUCAGUGCGACAAGCAAUUGGACCCUGUUUCCACUAUUUGUCCUUCCGUUUAAUUGUUGGAUCGACAUGACCGUCAGGAGCCCGAGCCUUGAUGGAUGCCGCGCGCACACAAAAACACACAGACACAGCACUAGAUACUGGGAGAGGGAUGCCAAGAAUCUGACGGCUAAAGCUAGUCCACGGGCCAGGCUGACGGAGGUGGAUGGCAAGUGA